AUGUCUUCGCCUACCUCGACCCCGAGCCACUUUGACAGGCUGCCGACCGAGCUGCUCAAGCACAUCGUGGUUCUUGUGCACAAGCAGGACCAAGAAUUUCGCAAGAGUGGCAUGGGAGGGACACGCGUAACGGAUCCUUCGAAGAAGAGGAAGAGGGUCUACGACAGCGACUCCGAAGACCUGGACUCGCCACCUCCGGUCAUCAGGGACAGCAAGUUCAGUACGUGGCACGGUCGCGGCCUGCACGCUAUCUCGCUCCUCAACAAGCGUUUGCGCGAGCUGUGUCUCCCGUUUCUCUGUCCGGUCGCCAAAGCUCAGCAGUUUGCCUCCGGUCUCUACCGCUUCGGCGUCAUCCCGCAAGCCAUCCUCAACGGAGUCCGCCGCAUCGACCUGCACACCGCGUCCCUGUCUAAAUACGUCGCCGCAGCUGUCGCCCUUCCGCAACUUCCGAACGUCGACACGCUCGAAAUUUCGUUGCGACACCAGCUCGCCUCAGAUAUGCGCGCCCCGCCGUUAGAGUGGGACGACUUGCUGAGCGAUGACGCGACCUGGCCGGACGAGGCUCGCUUUCCCGCGUUGCGGGACUUCAGUACGAAGUCCUUGUCGUGGUCGGUCUUCCAUUUCGUCGAGAAGUGUAUGGCACGACUCGUCAAGCUCGAUGUCUUCUUUCCCACCGUCAUGGAGCCAUCCGACCCUCUGCCUUCAUCUCCGACCUUGCACCACCUCGAAGCGCUCAGCAUCACCGGUCCGCUCCACGCCUUCGCCAUACUCGCGCAGCUCAGCCUGCCGAGGGUCAGGACCAUCGAUCUCACCUUCGCCCUCUUCGACUGGGACGCAACCUUGGACUGCACUGCGAUUCUCCCGCCAGACAUUCUCUUCGCUCGUCGCGUCAGCCUCCGUAUUGCGACGCCGCCGACCACCCGCCUCAAGAACGUCGAGGCGUUCGCCAACUGGUGCGAGCGGCGCGACAUCGACUUGUCCUGGACGCCCGGCAGCCGCCUCGCCGUCUUCGAUCAACCUUUGACCAUCUCCGCAGACGAUACCUGCAUGUCGAACACCGCCGACGCCGUUCUCGAUACGCUCGCAUGGGCUUCCGACCAUGGCAAGCGACUUUGCGACGUGGGCGACGCCGCAGGCCUGCGAGAACUCGCCGAGCUCGUCAAACCGCUCUGCGAGAGGCGGAUCAUCGAGGAGAUGUAG